AUGCCACCCUCGCCACCCAGGAACAAGAGCCGCUCGCGCUCACCACUACGAAAGCCAAGAUCAUCAGGAGGAUUCCGCUGGAAAGACAAGGGCUCGCGCGCAAACGACAGCUUCAGCCGCGACUUUGAUGACCGCAAUCGCGAUGAAGCGCCUCGCCGCUCUCCUCCACCACCCCGCCGCAGCGACAACGAUCGCGACAGAUUCCGUGAUCGAUCACCUAGACGUGAUGGCAACAGGGAUAGCUACCGCCCUAGAUCGCCGAGACGGGAUGACCGUGAUCGAUACAGAGAUGGAGGUGACAGAAGACGCUCGCCCAGACGUGAUGGAGGCAGGGACGAGAGAAAAGAGAAGAGAAAGGAGGAUAAACCCAAGGGAGACAAAGAGAAGGAGAAGAAGCCGAAACCUGUUGCUGCUCCAAGCCGUGCUGAGCCUAUGAUUAUUGUCAAUGUCAAUGAUCGUCUGGGAACCAAGGCUGCUAUUCCUUGCCUAGGUAGUGACCCCAANGCGUUCAAGGCCAUGGUUGCUGCACGUAUUGGUCGUCAGCCUCAUGAGAUCAUGUUAAAGAGACAGGGUGAACGACCUUUCAAGGACCAUCUCACACUGGACGAUUACGGUGUCAGCAACGGUGUACAACUGGACCUCGAGCUCGACACUGGCGAUUGA